CUGAGGUGCACUCGUUUAGGUUCGAUUGCUGCUGGUGGACUUGGCGGAGUGACGGCGCUGUUCCUUCUCUAUCCAUUUGACUUUGCUCGAACGCGAUUGGCCGUGGACGUGAAUGAAAAUGGCACAAGAAAGUUCAAAGGAAUGCUCGACUGCCUUGAUAAAGUGCGAAAGCGGGAAGGAUGCCUGGGCUGGUACAGGGGAUUUUCGCCCUCUGUCCAGUUUGUGUUCGCAUCCAGAGCCGUUUUCUUUGGCAUUUUUGAUGUGCUGAGGACAAGUGUUGCGGAUCCGAAGCAGCUACAUUUCAUGACUUUGUGGUUGAUAGCGCAGGUUUGCUUAAUCACCUCUGGCUUACUGUGUUAUCCCCUUGACACAGUGAGGAGGCAAAUGAUGAUGCAAGCUGGAAAAGUUGAGAAAACCAUGCAGAGUUCUUGGAGCUGUUGGUGUCACAUUGCGAAGUAA